ACCAAUGCCGGCUGUCCCCGGCACGCGCUCCAGCACCACCACGACCCAUGGCCGACGCCGCCAACCCGCCGACCAAGCCCACCAAAGCCUCCGCUCCCUUCGUUGUAAUUGACGCCGCCAGCGCCAACAAGGCCCGCGACGGUGGCGCCGAUGCCCCGACACCGUCGGCGGGGCACGGCCGCCGCUGGCUGCGGCGGGCGUGCUGCGGCGUGGCCGUCGGCGGCGCGCUGGCCGCGGCGGCGGUGCUGUCGCUGUCGCUCACCGUGCUCAGGGUGCGGGACCCGACGCUGUCCAUGGAGUCCGUGGCCGUCAGGCGCUUCAGCGUGCGCCUGGACGCCGCGUCCCCGGCGCGCCCGCUGCGGAUCAACGUCACGCUGUCCGGCGCCAUCGUGGUCCGCAACCCCAACUACGAGUCCAUGCGGUUCGGCGCCAGCGCCACGGAGAUCUUCGUGGACGGCGCGGCGGACCCGGGCCCCGUCGGCGUGGGCCGCGCGCCGCCCGGGGAGGUCCCCGCGCGCGGUGCCAGCCGGGUGGCCGCCGACGUCGACGUGCUCGUCGACAGGGUCGCGCCCGCCGUGGUCGCCCAGGUGCUGUUCGGCGGCGGCGAGGUGCGCCUCGCCACGCGCACCGCCGUCGACGGCAGGCUCAGCCUGCUCGGCGGGCUCUACGGCCGCCGCACCGUGCGCGUCGCCAUGCGGUGCCGCGUCGCGCUCCGCGUCUCUGCCGCGGCCGUCGCCGUCGCCGGCAACCCCGCGUGCGUCGCGGACUUCGGGCGCUGACGUGGUCUACUCUUCGUCAGCUGUAGUCUGUGGGUGAGCCGGCCGGUGUAGUUUUUGCCCUUUCUCUUUACCGCCGGCGAUGACCGGCGGAGAUAGUUACGGUGGCAGCUAUAACUGAACUGCCGCCGAAUGAUGAUCCAAUAACACUCCUGUCGGCUAGUCUCGUUUACAGAGGACAGACUUUGGGCACAAUUCGAUGAC